CCCCUGAAAUUUUUGCGGGACUCAGAAGUAAAUUCAAGGAACAACAACACAGAGGCGUAUCGGCCGCACACAACUAUUUUAAACGGCUUUCUUCUUCUUGUUUUCGGACCAAACUUGUUUUUACAUUAUCCUUACAAAAUGUCACAACAAGCUGGUUACUCACCUAGUUUCAAAAGACCAGCUGAAAUCCUGCGAAUGCGGAGGAAGAAAGCCCGCAGCGAGGGUGUCGGUUCUGGCGGCCGUGGCGCGAUUUCCAGCCCGUGUGAGGGUGCCUCUAUAUCCGCUGUUCGACCAUUAUCCACAGGACCCCUGUUCGGCCAGGGUCGCUCUGGAGGGGGAGUGAAGCGGAGAAACCCAUUUACUAGCAUCGAGAACACCUUCAGCAGCCCAGCGAAGAAGAAGGUCUUUAUUUACACUGAUGACGACGCCGACUCUUCGGAUUAUGUGAAGCCGGGCGGCGCUGCAGGACUGGAGGGAGAGAAGUCAACAACAAGAACGCUCCCAUUUAGUGAACGACUUCUCCAGGCAGAAGAACUAAGCAAAGACGUGCCCAGCAAGAAACCAACUUCUCUGUCUGAAGACGACUCACUGUUUGAAGAUGAGGAUUUGUUCCAGGAGGAGAGAACACCCAUACUGAAGAGUCCCCAGGCUGGUGCAGUAACCUCCAUAGCGCCCCCUGCGUGUGUGGAGUACCCUGCAGACUGGAGUCUGAAGACGCGUCUCCUUUUCACCUCCCUGCUCCCCUUCUCCUGGGCUGUACAGCCCAGAGCUACAGAGGAGGCCCAGGGUCUUACCCAGCACUGUAGAGGACAAUACACUACUAUACCACAGAGUAUACAGGACCCUCGGACAUCUGCUGAGCUACGAUGUGGGUUCCAGCAGUGUCUGCAGUUCUGGCAGCACCCGUCCCUGUCCUGGCUCUCUCUGUUCCCCCGGAUAGGAGUAGAGAGAAGCUUCACUGGCAAGAACAUCCCCUGGGCCCAGGACAUGGCACUUCAACGGAGCCUCAUGAGUGAAUGGUCAGUGAGCCUGUCCUCCCUGUACAGUCUAUUGAAGGCCAGACUAUGUCCAUAUUUCUAUGUGUGUUCCUACCAGUUCACUGCUCUUUUCAGAGCCUCAGGACUGGCAGGUAACAGCAGCAUCACUGCACUACUCACCCCAACCACCAGGGGGCUCAGGGAGGCUAUGAAGGCUGAAGGUAUUGAGUUCACACUCCCCCUGCUGGAAGAGAGGAGGAAGAAGAGCAAGGAGCAGGGAUCAACCUCACACAGCCAGGAGACAGAUGGAGAGGAGGGGGAGACACUGUCUGAAGCCAGUGACAAGGAAGACGAUGAUGAUGACGAUGGUGGGUUUUCCUGGCUGACGGAGAUGGGAGUGCAGGAUAAGAUUAAGAAACCAGACAACAUCUCCAUCAAACUGCACAACGAGCGCAACUCUGUGUGUUUAGACCACAAGCCAGAGUCUGUAGUCUGUGUGUCGGGAACGCACACCUUCACUCUCAUCAACUUCCUCAUCAACUGUAAGAGCCUGGUGGCAGGGGCUGGAUCACAGGCAGGCCUGCCCCCCACCCUACUGGCCCCUACAGCCUUCAGAGGAGCUACGCUACACUCACUCAAGGCGCGUAGUGUGAACGUGAAGACCCAGGUGCGUGCUGGGUACCAGGACGUGUGCAGUCUAGAGGUGACGGGACCCAUAAUGCCUCAUUCUCUCCACGCCCUGACCCGCCUGCUUCGGCCUGCUCAGAGAGGAGGCUUCAGCACCGCACUCUACACACACGAACCCACCGCAGUCCUCAACACACACACCACCACCAGGGAACAGGUCAGUCACACACACACAACCCCACCAUCGUACCGAACACACACCACCACCAGGGAACAGGUCAGUCACACACACACAACCCCACCAUCGUACCGAACACACACCACCACCAGGGAACAGGUCAGUCACACACACACAACCCCACCAUCGUACCGAACACACACCACCACCAGGGAACAGGCUGAGCAGGCUGUAGAGCUGGAUGGAUGUGGUCUUCAUCCCAGCACCAUCCAGCAGCUCCGGGAGCCCUCUACCUUGGGGAAGUCUCCCCUCAGACAGCUCCACUUGAACAACUACUCCUACACAUGGAAGUCCUGAGAGCAGCUCACCCUGCCUCUAUCAGACUGCCCAGAGAGCACUGCUAGGCUACGUCCCAAAUUGCACCCUUUUCUCUUUAUAGUGAAAUGCUUUUGACCGGAGCCCAAUAAAGUAGAGCACUAUAUUGGAAAUAGGGUGCCAUUUGGGACACAGCCUAGAUGCCGUUGGUGGACCGUACCAUUCCUACACUGCCGUAUACUUACUGUCCAUAUCUGUCUGAUUAGCCUGUCCACAAAUUCUGGGUAUGCUGGCAAUUGUAGUUUUAUUAACCCCCUGUCCCCUGGACUACAACCCAAUGACUGAUGGGAAAUGAAGUUCUUGUGCAUGUAAAAUUCCUGGAUUUGCCAUAAUGAGAUGGAUUUGGCUAAAAAAGACUUGUUGAUGAUUUUAGACCCUGCCCUAAGAUGUUUUUGUCUUGAACCAUUUUUUUUAUUUCUGUUUUAAGAGCUUCUAUUUCAACAAUUGUUUUAUAUUAAUGACGUUAUAUCUGUACUGGUGACAUUUUAUUGGAUUAAAUUCAUUUGUCACGUGA